AUGCUCGAAGCAGCUGUUCACUACCCAAGAUAUUUUACGAGACUAAUCGUUGAGGCCAAUUCCUCUCAUUCUUAUCGAAGAGAGUAUAUCGGUCAUUCAAGCCAAAAAGCUUACGUAGCAAAGCCCACUUUAGGGAGGCGACAACCCUCUUUCCCGGGGGCAACCGGCUAUCUGACAAAGGCAGACUGGAUCGGGGGAGAGUCUUUACUCAUAUCUUAUCGAAAUCCAACUGACUCGUCUCAACGAUCAAAUGAAGUGGGUCAAGUCGUGCUUCCACUAAGCCCAUGGGGAAUGAUCCAUUUACCGCAUCGACCCGAGUUGAGGACCGCCAUUCCACCAACAUCUUCUGCGACGAAGACCAGAACCGGAUACUAA